GGGGGUGGGGAUUGAGUCGACCCAUAUAAGGGGGAAUCAUACAACUCACAAUACACACUAUUCCACCACUAUAGUCAUCGUCGACCAAAGAAGUUUUACUCAGCGUCUGUUUCAGACGAGGGUCGUCCACAUGAGCUGGUCUGACAGCUCUUCCAGAUCUGUUGCCAUAAAACCGCCAUAAAAACUCACCGCGAGAGCACUUCAGACUCCAUUUCGACCCGGGAUUUAUAACCGAUAAGUUGAUAUUUUAUUGAGACUGCCGUGUUACCUCGUAUGAAUUCGUGACUUUCUGUUUUCACUAAUUGCUUUCGUCAAUCCUCGAUAGGACGUAUCUACCACUUAUCGCCUAUACACUUCUACUCCUAUCGUAUUCGUGAAGGCUUGGGUGAGAAAGUUCUAUUGGCCCAGGUAACCACAUUGCUUUGCGGGAGCAUCCCGGGUACACCACUCCCAUACGUUCCGCUCUUCAGGCGAGGCACAACGGAAGCCUUCCCAUUUUCACCGCGGCAUUCAGGGGGCUCCGUUCGCCAAUAUACCGUGGUAGCAACCUCAUCAGCAACAUGCCGGUGAUGGGCUGCGAUGGGGAGAUGUCGGUCAACUCUCCUGGGUCUUACAUCAGCAACAACAGCCUCAACAGCAGUACGAGUAGCAGUUCCAGUAGCGCUGGUGGUGGUGGUGGCAGCGGUAGCAGCCAGGAGUUGGUAGCUGGUAGCCCGGCGAUGUGCGCCGGGUGCAGCGGGCACAUCACCGAUCGAUUCUACCUAUUGGCAGCAGAUAGACAGUGGCACACGCAGUGCUUGCAGUGCUGUGAGUGCAGCAUCCAACUAGACAGCGAGUUAUCCUGCUUCGCCAAGGAAGGGAAUAUCUACUGCAAAGAAGAUUAUUUAAAACGGUAUGGGAACAAGAAAUGCGCUCGAUGCCAGGUGGGCAUCGAAUCCCAUGAAAUGGUGAUGCGAGCCCGUGAGCUGGUAUACCACCUCGCCUGCUUCAGUUGUGCCGUGUGCAACCUCGAACUCACAACAGGGGACUAUUAUGGGAUGCGGGACAACCUGGUGUACUGUCAACUCCACUACGAAACCCUCUUCGUGCCGACGUCCGAACAGAGCAGCUACCACCACCUUCACCACGCCUCUCCCCAACCCCAGCAACCCUCCCUCCACAAUCUCUCACCCAGCUACCACGCCCACGGCGGAUCACCGAACCCUUCGACGCCAUCCAACGGACACCCCUUCUUCCAGAAUGGACUGUCCCCGAUACACAAAGGGAGACCACGGAAGCGCAAAUGUGUGGAUCAUCUCAUUGGCUUCGGAAUGGAAUGCACCUAUUUUCGUCACUAUUCACCGCUGUUCUGUAUACAUCGGCUCUUCCUGUCCGCGCGUCCUGGCGGCCGAACCCCGGACAGUUUCCUACCCAAAGACACUAUUCUCGGUUUCACAUGGUGCCAUGAUCCCUUUCCCAAACAGACCAUGACCUUGACUUUGAAGAAGGUCAUGGUGAUGCUCCUCCGUAAACAGAGAGGGGGCAAAUAG